GAAAAACAGCCAACGUGUUGCAGGAGUGACUCCAAGAGGGGAAAAAAAGUUCAGUUACCACGUCGAAGAGAGGACUCGCAAAGUAUUUUUCAAAUGGGCUCGGCUUUUCCUGUGCCUGUUUAAAACAUUAAAAUCGUGCAGCAGAAGAGGCUGCGUGCGCUGGUCCCUCCCUCCCUCCCCCACCCCAGCCCCGAGACGUCAUGGGAGGGAGGUAUAAAAUUUCAGCAGAGAGAAAUAGAGAAAGCAGUGUGUGUGCAUGUGUGUGUGAGAGAGAGAGGGAGAGGAGCGAGAGGGAGAGAGAGAGAGAAGAAGAAGAAGAGAGAGAAGGAGAGAGAGAAAGGGAAGGAAGCAGAGAGUCAAGUCCAAGGGAAUGAGCGAGAGAGAGGCCAGUGGUAAGGGAAGGAGCGUGCAAAGCAAGGAAUGACCGCUUUCCGGAGCCAGCUGCAGUGAACUGUCUUCUAUUUUCUUUUCCUUUUCCUUUUGAUUUUUUUAAAGAGAAGCAGGGGACAGAAGCCAUGGCCGAGGGAGAAGACAAACUGAGGUGCUGGUGACCGUGGGCGUCCAAGUGGAUUACUGGGGCUGUUCUCCAGAGGUCUGUCCGUCCUGCCUUCCAGUGGCACAUAUCCCACAUGCCAGCCAAUGAAGACAAGAGGCAGCGUGAACAAAGUCAUUUAGAAAGCCCCUGAGGAAGUGUAAACAAAAGGGAAAGCAUGAAUGGAGUGCCCGAGAGACAAGUGUGUCCUGUCCUCCCCCACCUUUAGCCGGGCCAGCAACUGUGCGCCCUGCCUCUUCCCACCUACUCACUGCUGAUCUGACUUUUGGGUAUUUUUUAAAAUAUAUUUUUUUUCUUUUCUUUUCCAUUCUCUUUUCUUGUUCUCCCUCAGGGCAAGGUGAGGAUUUUGAUUUGGGGGCCCAGCCAUGGUCCUUCUGUGCCUUCUUUAAAAUACCCACUUUCUCCCCAUCGCCAAGCAGCGUUUGGCAAUAUCAGAUAUCCGCUCUAUUUAUUUUUACCUAAGGAAAAACUCCAGCUCCCUUCCCACUCCCAGCUGCCUUGCCACCCCUCCCAGCCCUCUGCUUGCCCUCCACCUGGCCUGCUGGGAGUCAGAGCCCAGCAAAACCUGUUUAGACACAUGGACAAGAAUCGCAGCGCUACAAGGCCCACAGUCCGCUUCUUCGUCCUCAGGGUUGCCAGCGCUUCCUGGAAGUCCUGAAGCUCUUGCAGUGCAGUGAGUUCAUGCACCCUCUUGCCAAGCCUCAGUCUUUGGGAUCUGGGGAAGCCGCCUGGUUUUCCUCCCUCUUUCUGCACGUCUGCUGGGGUCUCCUCCUUGCCAGGCCUCGCCGCCCCCCCUGGCCUCUCUUCCCAGCUCGCACAUGAAGAUGCACUUGCAAAGGGCUCUGGUGGUCCUGGCCCUGCUGAACUUUGCCACGGUCAGCCUCUCUCUGUCCACUUGCACCACCUUGGACUUUGGCCACAUCAAGAAGAAGAGGGUGGAAGCCAUUAGGGGACAGAUCUUGAGCAAGCUCAGGCUCACCAGCCCCCCUGAGCCAUCGGUGAUGACCCACGUCCCCUACCAGGUCCUGGCCCUUUACAACAGCACCCGGGAGCUGCUGGAGGAGAUGCAGGGGGAGAGGGAGGAAGGCUGUACUCAGGAAAACACCGAGUCGGAAUACUAUGCUAAAGAGAUCCAUAAAUUCGACAUGAUCCAGGGGCUGGCGGAGCACAACGAGUUGGCCGUCUGCCCCAAAGGAAUUACCUCCAAGGUUUUCCGCUUCAACGUGUCCUCAGUGGAGAAAAAUGGAACCAAUCUUUUCCGGGCAGAAUUCCGGGUCUUGCGGGUGCCUAAUCCCAGCUCCAAGCGCACUGAGCAGAGGAUCGAACUCUUCCAGAUACUUCGACCAGAUGAGCACAUCGCCAAACAACGCUACAUCGGAGGCAAAAACCUGCCCACCAGGGGCACUGCGGAGUGGCUGUCUUUUGAUGUCACGGACACUGUGCGCGAGUGGCUGUUGCGAAGAGAGUCCAACUUGGGUCUGGAAAUCAGCAUUCACUGUCCAUGCCACACCUUUCAGCCCAAUGGAGAUAUCCUGGAAAACAUUCAUGAGGUGAUGGAAAUCAAAUUCAAAGGUGUGGACAAUGAGGAUGACCAUGGCCGUGGAGACCUGGGGCGCCUCAAGAAGCAGAAGGAUCACCACAACCCUCACCUGAUUCUCAUGAUGAUUCCCCCGCACCGGCUCGACAACCCAGGCCAGGGAGGCCAGAGAAAGAAGCGGGCCCUGGACACCAACUAUUGCUUCCGCAACUUGGAGGAGAACUGCUGUGUGCGGCCCCUCUACAUUGACUUCCGACAGGACCUGGGCUGGAAGUGGGUCCACGAACCUAAGGGCUACUAUGCCAACUUUUGCUCAGGCCCCUGUCCUUAUCUCCGCAGUGCAGACACGACCCACAGCACGGUGCUGGGGCUGUAUAACACCCUGAACCCGGAAGCGUCGGCCUCACCUUGCUGUGUGCCCCAGGACUUGGAGCCCCUGACCAUUCUGUACUAUGUCGGGAGGACCCCCAAGGUGGAGCAGCUCUCCAACAUGGUGGUGAAGUCGUGUAAGUGUAGCUGAGGCCUGCGACAGACGAGGGAGAGCUGCCCCUGCCCGACUGCCCGCGCCUCGGGAAACCCAAAGUGACAGACCUCACCUAGAGGCCUGGCGUCCACAACCCUCGGCUCCUGGCAUUUGGCCGAGACGGAAGCUUCCUUCUGGAACAUUUCUUUCUUGCUGGCUCUGAGAAUCACUGUGGUAAAGAAAGUGUGGGGUGGUUAGGGGAAGGCGAACUCUUGGGGACACAGGUUUUCUGUGGUGCAGACAGAGGUGGUGGGGCUAGAGGAAGAGGAUGGACAAGUUGACAUGUCACGUGGCAAUGGGACUUGGGUACAAUAGGGAGGAGGAAGGACAGAGGAUGGUUGGGUCAGGCUCAGACUGGAAGACUCUUCGGAUCUGAGGUCAGCUUUGCUCAAUGCUGUACCACAAUUGCUCUAGGGGAAUCUGGAUGGUGUCAUAGGAGGCAAGCACUUUCCUUCAGACAGGUCACCAAGACAAAGUCUCAGAAUUGCACCUUGUACUACCUGGGAUUAAGGACAAUUUUUUUUUUUUAAUUGUCGUUUCCACCUCAGGCAGCAUCAUGGGUCAUUCCAGGUAAUGUAAUAUGGUUCCUGGGCCAGCAACUGUAUUGGCCCCUGGAGAUGCUGAACUCAGAAGCAAAGGGUGGGAACUGGCCCUUUCCUGUCCGCCCUCCGGGUCCCUCCUCUCGCCUUCAUCCUCAAUCACAUUUCCCCUUGGACAUUUGGCUGGACACCUUCCAGGCCAGGGUGCACAUAUCUGGAUUCUGGUUCUGUGCAGCCUCUGAGCAUGAGGGGUUCCUCUCCUCCAAGUUCUCGAGACCUUGUGUCCACCUGGUCCUCCUGGAAGCUGGUGCCACACGGGAGGCAUCUGGGGAGGCUGCACCACAUGUGCCAUGUGGUGACUUGGCCCAAGAUGAGUUGACUGAGGUAUAAAGACAAGUACAAAUAUCACUCUCAAAAUCUUUGUAUGAAUAAAUAUUUUUGGGGAAUUGUGGAUGAUUUCAUCUUCUGGAAGAUUGUUUCUAGAACAGUAAAAGCCUUAUUCUAAGGUAUAUGUCUCACGCCAUUCAUAUCCUUAAUAACCAUUUUCUUAAUUCUAUGUCAGCAUCUUCUAAUUAGUGGUAACUGGAAUCUGGGCAGAGAAUCUCUCAAGCAUUAAAAAUAUCGCUUAGCCUGAAUCUGCUGGACAGAGGGUCUGUGCUGCCUCCUGUCACCUGAGAAAAUAGCAUUGUUGUCCGUGUGUCCCUCCUUGCACAGUAUGUUAUUCUCAAAUACACACAGGCAGUAGCUCAGAUUCGCAGAAAGCCUAGAAUUUGACGUUCCACAUGACUGGCAAUGUGAACCCUUGCAUAUGGAAAUGUGGCUUCUACUUUCAAUCUAAAUGACCAAUAUCAGCAUUUUUGGAAAUUACAUCUCAGCCCCCCAGAUCAGCUGAGCAUGAGAGAAACCGCCUGUGAUCAAUGGCCUAAGAAUGAGGCUAAUUCUGUUAUUGGGUUGUCUAAAGGAGUCAACCAGGAGCCCUUUCAGACUAGGGGCCUCUUGUUAGGGCUUUGGGGAAAGAAUCACUAGUGCUCUUUUGAAGUCACAGAUCCCAAAGCAAGGCAGAAUUUGGCUAUGGCACUGGUGUCCACCCUGUGAGUGUGCAGAGUGAGGAACCACCUAGCAGCUCCUAAAAACCACCUGCCCCCAGUGAGCUCACCUUAGCACAGGGAACAGUCUCUCUGAAGCACAGUUGCGUGUUGAAGGAUACACACAACAUAGGCUCAGGCGGUUUGUGGGUACAGGCCUCUGCCUUCUGCUCCUCCGACUUUGGUCACCAGGAGUCCUUUUCUGGCUCCAUGUGUGCCCAGCCAAUUCUCCAGGCUUCUCUCUGUCUUCAUCCUGUGUCUUUCACUGUCCUUCAGAGGGGCUAUAAUGGGUCCCCGCCCUAAAAUCCUGGCGUGGGAACGAGCUCCAUCUUACCUUUGGAGCCAGUGGGUAGAGAGGGUGGUCCAGGAGGCCAGCUGUAGCGGGUAUUAUCCCAAAUGUCACAGUGCAUUCACUUGUGGCUGCCAUUCUCAAAUUUCAGUGAGCCUGAGAAUCACCUUUGUGUUUAGGGAAAAUGUACAAUUCCAGGCAGCAGCUCAAGAGCUGGCUUUAUGAAUGGGGCAGGGUCCAGGAUGCCUAAGAACUGCAUUCUGAAAAGUGGCGUGUUGUAUCUGACAUUACUGGGCCUUACUUUGGGUUUCAAUAAGAAGCAAAUAAACUUUUUGGCCUUAGA